AGUUAAAACCCGAGUCUGCAUUCUCUCUUUCUCUCCCGUGUCUCAGUCUCUCUUGCUCUUUCACUCCCACUAUCAGUCAUUUCUAUUGAGGCCUCCGCCAGUCGACUCAAGUCCCCAAAGCUCACGAAGUGCAGUGAUGCUUCUGGCUUUACCUUAUGGUUCAUUGUGAAACUCGAUCUCGACGGAAUCCUCGUUGGGGUUUAGAAGCGAAGAGGGUUUUUUGUGCUGAUUGUUGGUAAAUGGCGCCCUGUAAGGGGAUAAGAGAGCUUAACAGUUUAAAGAAGGAUUAUAAGGGAGAUUGUGAGGAUGACAUGAGGCUGGCGAGGUGGAGGAAGAGAAAGUGCGUAGCUAAUGAUAGGAUUUAUGAGCCCAAUUCCUGGAUCAGUGCCACGAAGAAAAGAAGAAACUAUACCAUCCAAGUGGACGAUGAAAUGCUGGAUGAGGAGUAUAAUGUGUUCCUUGAGGGUUUAGAUCUGCAUGGUGGUGAUGAUGGUCAAGAUUAUCAUGACACUAGGUGGAUAGUUCAUGCCGAUGGGAAUGUUCAUUCUAAUGCUCAGUUGAUGGAUCAUGGUGAUGUCAACCUAAAUGGUAGGUCUGUGGAUGGGGAUGAUUUUGAUGAUGAUGUGGAUCCUCAGUAUAAGAUAUUAUUGGAAAAUCUGAAGGAAGAUGGAAAGUCCUAUGUAUUGGUGGUUGGUCGAGAGAAUGAGAAUUUGGAGCAGAUAAAGUAUGAACAAGAAGAUGGGGAACUAGACGAGACCAAUUUAGAUACCCCAGAAACUGUGAAAAAAUCUGAUGAGGACAUAUUUGUCAAACCCAUUAGGGUUUACAAAAGAAAGACAAUUUACCCGUGUCCUACAUCAAUAUCUCAUGUGAAAGAGAAGACUGAAAUAAAAAAAGCUAGCCCAAGAACUGUUAGGUAUGCUAUGAGGAAAAAAACAAGGGGAAUUCUGGAAGAUUCAGAGGGUCUGCCAAAUAAAAAGAGUUUAGGGGUUAAGAAGAAAAUAAAAGUGGAAGCUCUGGAUCCUGUUUCCGAUAGGACAAAAGGGCAUUCUAAUAAAAUGCAUGAUUUAGAGGUUCCCACUACUCGAGAAACUUUAAAAAGUUCUCGUGUGAAGAAGAAGAAAGUAAAUAAGAAAGGUGCAGAUAGUAGGACAAAGGGGCAUCCUGUUAAAAGACCUCAUUUGGCCGAGCAUGGACACAACCAUGGAGCUGUGUCUGAUCAAAUAGACUUGGACUAUCAAGAGGUUCUAAAUGGUCUAAGAAAAUACGGUGGAAAGUGGGUGUAUACACCUACAACUGCUGGACCAGUGGCAUGUGCAUUUGAGGAGGAUGUGGAGAGUUCAGCUGUAGAAAUUAAGAAAGAACCAUGCGAUGAGUAUUUUACCUCAUCUACAGUUGUGGGCGUAGAUGGUGGAUGGUGCGUUGAAACUUGUGAUACAGGUCAUACCCAGUUUAGGAAGGGGCUUAUGAAGGAUCUUAAACGGCCUUAUGACGAAAAAGAGUAUAAAAGGCUCUUGAAACAACUGAACCGACGAAGGUCAGUGUCAGGGAAAUUAAGGGCUUCAUAUCGAAAGCAGCACAUAGUCCUAGCAAGAAAGCUUGAUGCUGCUAGCAGUGACUGCCCUAGAAUUUUAAAUCUUUUGCGUGGAUUUUUCUACUGGCUGAAGAAUGUGGCCCAAGAAGGAAGCUUUUGUCCUUGGAAGGACUCGUCUUGUUUGAAGGUGUUGCCUCAAGUUGGAAGGAAGUUUAGCUGCAAGAACUAACUAUAAGUAGGACUUCUUGCGUCAUCUCCAGAUUGUGAUGGAAGCUCAGUUGUACAGAUUAGGCUAGGAAGAGUGUUGUGGUGGUGGUUGUAAGAUGUUAGCAUGAAAAUUGUUUUUUUGGGAAUAAUGGAUUACAAUCUCCUAACUAUAUAUUAAUAGAAGCUCAGUUGUACGGAUUAGGCUGGGAAGAGUGUUGUGGUGGUGGUAAAGUCACUUUUAAUUCUCUCAAAAUCAGACGUGUAGUUUUCUUUUCUCCGUGAAAGUGCUAACCUUAAAUGAUUAAGAACAUAUAGAAGGGAAGCCAGUCUGUUUGGA